AUGAUUUCUGGAACUGAUAGAGAGUUGAGACUCAAAUAUUACGCUAAAGCUGUCAUGAUGGUCGAACCAACCAACUUCUUCUUCAACCAAGAGACUGCCUGCGAUAAUGAAUUUAUGAAUGACAUUGAGGAUGAUAAUGCCACUAUGGAAUGCACACCUUCUGGAAGAGAACUCAAUACUGGCAUUAACCAAGUUGCCAUCAAAGAACACCAAGGAUUGAACCAGAAAAUUCAGGAUAAUGGUGUCUCUGUGCUAUGCUACAAACAGCAAGCUGAUGAUCUCCCUGACUCAGUUUUCCCAAAUAACUGGGUCUCUGUGCAUGAUUAUCCAGAACUUAGUAAAGAAAGAGUUGUUGCAGUUUAUCCGAUGAAAGUAAAGAGUAGACAAAGAGAAGUAAAUCCUGACAUCAUCAGCGACCUGACCGGACCUGAAGGACACUGCAUUGAUUUCACUGGCUACACUCAAUUGGACAAGGCUUUGGAAGGGACUGGUGUCCUUAUCUUCGAUCCUCUUAACCAGAAAAUUUAUGCUGGAAUCUCUCAAAGGUGUGAGAAAGAUGUUCUCGAACAUUUUUGUGAGAAUCUCAAUGAGAAAUGCGUCAGGCCUUGGAAGCUUGUAACUUUCAACGCAACAACCCCCACAGGGACUCCAAUCUAUCACACCAACGUGAUGAUGGCAAUCCUCUCUGACCAUGCAGUCAUCUGACUCGAAUCAAUUUGUGAUCCUGAGGAGAGACAAAGAGUUGUUGAUGAGCUUUCCAGUCCUGAACUCAAUUCGUUCCCCCGUACUGUUAUUGAUAUUAGUAUGAAGGAAGUAUAUGAGAUGUGCGGAAACAUUCUAUGAGUGGUCAACCAUAACAACGACCCAUGAGUGAUCAUGUCAAGCACUGCUUACAAUGGCUUCUCAGACGCUAACAAGAAGGAGCUAGAGUCCAACUACACGAUCAUCCAUUCUGAUGUGAGCACCAUUGAGAAAAUAGGUGGGGGAUCUGCUAGAUGUAUGGUCGCAGAAGUCUUCUAAUUUCAGGAAUAAGAUUUUUGAAGAAAAAUAU